AGGGCCUACGAGGCGGAACGCUGGGGACUGGGGACGGGGCCUGGUGGCGCUAGGGUGGUAUCCCUGCACCCCUGCCCCAGGCCCCCUUGUUGGCAGCAGCCCUAGAGAGAGGGUCCCCCCUCGGGAGUGGAGGCGGCGGCCCGCCCCAGCAGCUCUAGGGAGCCACAGACAACCUGGCGGACGCCCAGGCUGCCCUGCAGAAGGGGCCCAGUCCUCGACCCCACAGGCAGCGGCUCCAGCCCCGGGGAGGAUCUGCUGCUGGAAUGGUUAACCUGAGGUGCCGCAGGCAGCCAAUCACAGAGCCCUGCGGGAAAUACCUGGGAGAGGUCCUCUGCAUGCGGGCGGGUCAGAGCCCAGCCCCAGUCUGGCCCUAGGCUGCCUGAGCGGCCUCCCCAGAGCACAGAGUGCGUGUGGUGGGGGGGCUCAGCAUGCCGGUCCUGGUCCGACUCAAGCUGGGGCUGCUGCUGGCCUUGCUGCCGGUGGCCGUGAUGGCAGCUCAGCCUCCCCGUCUGCUCACCCUGCUGUCCUCAGGCGAGGGUGCUCUGGACCGGGUGGCACUGGGCAGCCUGUUAAAUACACUGGCGGACCGUGUGCACUGCGCCAACGGGCCGUGUGGAAAGUGCCUGUCUGUGGAUGAUGCCCUGGCCCUGGGCAGGCCCGAGAAGCCAGGGCUCCCUGGGGUGCCAGUCCUAGAGCGCAGACACAUCGCCCGCCUCAGUGCUGCUGCUGCCCUCUACCUCAGUGACCCCGAGGGCACGUGCACAGACGUCCGGGCUGGCCGCUGGGCCACUCGCGCCGACCAUCUCUUGGCCCUGUUGGAGGGCCCCAAGGCCCUGACCCCAGGCCUGAGCAGGCUGCUGCAAAGGAUUCAGGCCCAGGCUGCUGGCGGGCCCGCUGCAGAGGAGGCCUGUGUGGACCUGCCUCAGCUGCUGGAGGAGGCAGAAGGGGCAGGAGCUCCCAGCAGCCCUGGCCCCGUACUGGCCGCCCUGUUGGACCAUGUCAGCAGUGGGUCCUGUUUCAGUGCCCUGCCGACCCCCCAGUACUUCGUAGACUUUGUGUUCCGGCAGCACAGCGGCGAGACUCCCAACAUCACACUGGCUGAGCUGGAGGCCUUGAUGCAGCGCCUGGGGAUAGGCAGAGUGGCUGAGAUGCACAGUGACCACAGUGACCACGGUCAUCUGAGAGAUGGGGCCAACCGCCAGGGCCCUGUGCCCCUUGCCACCUCUAACAGCAGCUCCAGCCUGUGGGACACAGUAUGCCUGAGUGCCAGCGAAGUGAUGGCCGUGUAUGGGCUGUCUGAGCAGGCUGGGGUGACUCCAGAGUCGUGGGUCCAACUGAGCCCUGCUCUGCUCCAGCAGCAACUGAGUGGGGCCUGCAGCCCCCAGCCGAGUCCUCCCACCCAGGACCAGCUCAGCCAGGCGGAGAGGUACCUGUACGGCUCCCUAGCCACGGGACUCAUCUGCCUCUGUGCGAUUUUUGGCCUCCUGCUUGUGAGCUGUGCCAGCUGCAGCGCUGCCUCCCACUAUAUCAUCCAGACCUUCCUGAGCAUGGCCGUGGGCGCGCUCACGGGCGAUGCCGUCCUACACUUGACACCUAAAGUGCUGGGGCUGCACACCCACAGCGGGGAGGGCCUUGGCCCACAGACCACCUGGCGCCUCGUGGCCAUGUUGGGCGGCCUCUACGUCUUCUUCCUGUUUGAGAAACUCUUUAAUCUCUUGCUGCCCCUGGACCCAGAGGACUCCAAGGAUGGGCCUUGCAGCCACAGCCACGGUGGCCACAGCCACGGAGUGUCCCUGCAGCUGGCGCCUAGUGAGCUCCGGCCGCCUAAGCCGCCCCACGAAAGCUCACGCACAGACCUGGUGGCGGAGGAGAGCCCAGAGCUGCUGAGCUCGGAGCCCCGGAGACUGAGCCCAGAGCUGAGGCUGCUGCCAUACGUGAUCACGCUGGGCGACGCCCUGCACAACUUCGCCGACGGGCUGGCCGUGGGCGCCGCCUUCGCGUCCUCCUGGAAGACCGGGCUGGCCACCUCGCUGGCUGUGUUCUGCCACGAGGUGCCUCAUGAGCUGGGGGAUUUCGCCGCGCUGCUGCACGCGGGGCUGUCGGUGCGCCGCGCGUUGCUGCUGAACUUCGCUUCCGCGCUGACGGCCUUCGCCGGCCUCUACGUGGCGCUCGCUGUCGACGUCGGCGAGGACAGCGAGGCCUGGAUCCUGGCGGUGGCCACAGGCCUCUUCCUCUACGUGGCGCUCUGCGACAUGCUCCCGGCCAUGCUGCACGUGCGGGACCAGCGGCCCUGGCUCCUCUUCCUGCUGCACAACAUGGGCCUGCUGGGCGGCUGGACCGUCCUGCUGCUGCUGUCGCUGUAUGAGGACAACAUCACCCUCUGAUGGCCCCCCCUCCCCCGCCCCGACCGCUGGCUGCUGGCCCUGGGCUAUCUCAGCCCCUUGCACCCGCCAGCCAGUGUGGAACCUGUGCCUGGGAACCCAGAGAGCCCCAGGCCUCUGAGAGUCUCCCUCCUGCAUGCCCCAGCAUCCUGCUUCAAUAAAGACAUUCUUGUCCUUGGA